GAGGAGUUGCUUCAGGGUGGUCCUGUUAUUCAUCCUUUUGACAAAGGGAUCUGCGACAUGCAUCCUCUAGGUAGUGCGAAACAAUACCUCACCUUCCAGUUUCAUCAAAAUGGACUCUGCUCCACGACAGAGCAGCCGGCAUUCUGCAAUCAAACCUUACCAUUCCGCAAGGAGGAGGCUCGAAAGUUGCAGGAGCGGAAUGACUUCAGCUGCUGGAUUUGGUCGCCUGCCCAGAGCGGACCUCAAUCCAGACAUACAGAAAUGUCUUGUUGAUUUGUGCGGGGGAUGUCCGGCGACAGGUCCACUGUGGGAUGAGAAAGUGAAAGCAUGUUCUUUGGUUGUGGACAAGUUCAUCAACCGAGCAACCAGAGCGUUCCCUGAUCUGACAGACCGGGCGACCUUCUUUGACACCGAGACGGCAGAGUCCAGCGUCCACUCCCUUGCCUGUCAUGAUGGCAGCAUCUGUGUUGAAAACAUUCAGCUGUACUCUUUGUUAAUGCUGUUGAUGACGUCACGUUAUCCAACAGAGCCUUCGGGCAGUAUUGAGGUUUUGAUGUUCAGCUCCGAGAAGAAUCCGAUGCCAUUGAUGGAACUGGUGGAGCAGGAGAUGGCUUACAGGGCUGCGGGCAGGGUUCGAGUCUUCGUAGAUCACCAGGAAGAUAUUAAGAGCUUAAAAGGAAUUCUGAAGGUUCUAAUGGUCUACAACAAGAACGUAUCUGAAGUCGAGUUCCAUGUCUAUGAUGACCUUGACAUUGAUCUGAUAAAGGCUGACGUGCAGCGCAACCUGGACGUGUGGGCAGGUCACACGUGUUCCGAUCACAGCAGAUUCGCAAUAUCACCCUUCACAUUUCACCAACUGAGUCACUCCCGGAGGAAGAGAAGCCUUGCAAGGAGUCAACACAGGAAUGAGGCUCGACAGAAAAUAUUCGACUGGGAGAUGGAGUGGAUGAUGAAGCUUCUGUAAUCCUUGAAAUACAUUUUGAUAUGAUUAUUGCAAUAAUAUAUAGGUUAUUUUGAAUAAGAAUCAACCAAGGAGAACAAUCUGUAAAACAGAAGGACACAGUUGCGUUGUACCUGUAUGUGUGCUGUAUGUUAUCAAAGGUUACCUAUCAUAAGGACUUACCUAAACUGUCAUUGCUUUUUCUAUUCUUGGUUGGAUAACACAACCAGAGAUUUAUCAAUAUUUAAGCUGAUUGUUUGUUACAGACAACUUUGUAUCAUAAUGUAUUUACCCACAAGUGAAAUAGCAGUGGUCUGAUCUAAAGACUAAUAAAACCUGUUAUCAGU